AUGCCCAGGCGACUUUCGCCUACGGAGAUAUUCUUUGGGGAUCCUGACGUCGCCUCCUACCCUGUACGAUCUAAUCAACUAAACUUAAUACAAACAUCUACCCAAUUUCUCAAGAUGCAGUUCCGCGCUUCUCUCGCUGCCGCCGCCGGCCUCUUCGCCAUGGCCAACGCUCGCAUCUACGGCACCGCCUUCCCCGAGACCGUCAAGGCCGGUGAUGAGGUCCAGGCUAUCAUCGAGACUGAGAACUACAUCCAGACUGUCGCGGAUAUCGCGAUUGCCUUUGGAAUCGCCCCCGAGGCCUCCGCCUACCCCGGAACUCUCGGCCAGAACGUCUUGGGCUCAUUUUACCUCGGACCUGAAAAGUCCAAUGUUCUCGACAACAUCACCGAAACGGUCACGAUCCCUGCUAGUCUCGCAGCUGGCAAGUACGUUGUCUCAGCUGGCCUGUAUAGCUUGUACGGCGCCUCCUCGUCCUCGACCCUGUCCAACUACAACGUCACCGUCAUUGUCGGCGACGCGACCAGUGAGACUUACGUUGGCAGCCAACAGUAA